AAUUCAACCAGUUUUGGUUCAGGUUCUGCCGCCGUGUUUACCACAGUCUGGAUCAGAUAUCGACGCAGUACUGAUUUAGACGGUAUACUGUAGCACGCCAAGCGGUCAUAUUCAGUAGUUGUGGUGCUGCUGUUCCUGCUGCUGGGAACAGCGACUCCCAUCACCUCGGCUGUUCCUGGCUGACGUCAGCUGACUGACUGCCUGCCUCGGCUCUGCGCUGCUCCGCGUAAAAAUGCUGCUCUCUGUGCCGCCGAGGACAGGAAUCAACCCCUACAACGGCUACACCGGCAAAAACAACAGCAACAACAACAACAACAACAAGCAGACGUAUGUGUCCCCCUCCAACCAUCAGAUGGCUCCUCCAAGCCCCAACAACAACAACAGCAGCAGCAGCAGCCGCAGCAACCACAUCAGCAAUGGCAGCGGCAGCAGCAGCAGCAGCGGUGGAGGAGAGCAGCUGAGCAAAACGAACCUGUACAUCCGUGGCCUCCACCCAGGAACCACAGACCAGGAUCUGGUCAAACUCUGUCAGCCGUACGGGAAAAUCGUGUCCACCAAGGCCAUCCUGGACAAGACCACCAACAAGUGCAAAGGCUACGGCUUUGUUGACUUUGACAGCCCGGCUUCAGCUCAGAAGGCCGUGACGGCGCUGAAGGCAGGUGGUGUUCAGGCUCAGAUGGCCAAGCAACAGGAGCAGGACCCCACCAACCUCUACAUCUCCAACCUGCCUCUGUCCAUGGACGAGCAGGAGCUGGAGAACAUGCUGAAGCCCUUCAGCCAGGCCAUUUCUACUCGUAUCCUCCGCGACGCCAACGGCACCAGCAGAGGAGUGGGAUUCGCCAGGAUGGAGUCCACAGAGAAAUGUGAAGCCAUCAUCCAACACUUCAAUGGGAAAUACAUCAAGACUCCUCCAGGAGUUCCAGUUCCGCCAGAACCGUUGUUGUGUAAAUUUGCUGAUGGAGGCCAGAAGAAGCGUCAGAGCCAAGGAAAAUAUCUGCAGAACGGCCGACUGUGGAGCAGAGACGGGGACACUGGUGGAAUGACCCUCACCUACGACCCCACCACAGCCUUACAGAACGGGUUCUACUCCUCUCCAUACAACAUCGCCCCCAACAGGAUGAUGGGAACAACCUCACUCUCCCCUUACAUGCAUUCACCUGUCAACACCUACCAGGUACACAACCCGUCCUGGCUACACCACCAGUCCUACAUCAUGCCCCCCACAGGAACGGUCCUGACACCAGGGAUGGAACACACCAUGUCCAUCCAGCCCACCUCAAUGAUGGGACCCCUGACACAGCAGCUCAGCCACCUCUCUAUGGGCAGCAGCGGCACCUAUCUCCCGGCCAACUCAUCUAUGCAGGGGACCUACAUCCCUCAGUACACCCAAGUGCCUGCCGCCAACAUUUCAGUCGAGGAGAGCUCCGUCCAACAAUCUGUUGCCAUAGAGACUCCAACAGAACACACCACCUACUCCUACCAGCAUAACAAGUGAAAAGGAGGCAGAGUUAAGGUCAGAUUUCUGGAGUAACUCUUGAAGUACCUGUACCUGCUGAGGCUCAGCACCGAGACUCCGUGUGUCAGGCACCGGGAACUGCAGAGGAAUCUGGACUGUUACACAAAACAAAUCGACAAAAACAGACUUUUUCUACAAACUCAUCUUUUCAAACAAACUCUUUUUAAGGCCACACGUGCAAAGAAGACGACGGACGGCAGAGCGGAGCAGAUGGAGAAACAGAAGUGGACGCGUCUAUUUUGAUAACAGUUGAGAAAGGAGUUCUCACGUGUACAGAGAAUUUUCAGAAAAAAAACGUCCUUUUUUUGGUGGAGCGGGAAAAAGAU